AUGACUACGCAUGCUCUGAAUGCGGACAUCCUACUGCACGUCUUUCAUGAGGCUGCAUCUAACGAGCCGCCGAGAUUCAUGCCUAUUUCGCAACUUGCUCACCCUAAAGCACGCAAGAAGUUGAACCUACCAGACCACCCACUCGAGGAGCGCCUGGGAUGGGUUCGUUAUGGACACGUCAACCGUGCUUGGAGGGAUGCGCUUUUGAAUGCCCAUACGCUGUGGGCAGGUUCCAUUGGUUCACUUCCGGCCGGAGUCGACGAGAUGCUUGUCCGUGCGGGCCGGACAGCCCCGCUAUCGCUUCAUCUUCCUAUCUGGACAGUCAAGUCGCCUACUAUCAAACACCUCGCAACAGUGCUGAAGGACCGUGGCGAUGUCAUCCGUGAGCGCUUACGGAGCGUCACGCUGUGGGACCCUUGCCCCGUGGCAGCCGAUAUGUCUUCAUUUCGCGUUGGCAACAAGAAGAAAGACAUGGCCUGGCAAGGCGAGGUGGCGGCUCUUUUGAAGAUACUACCCUCCAUCCAUAACAAUGGGAACACACUUGGAAUAUUUCCUUUCUCCAUCCUAGGCUCCAUUAUAUUCGGAGCCGCCGAAUCCCCAAUGCUCGAAACCUUGGAUCUAUUCUGCCAUCGCAGCAUCUUGAAACCAUUGGGCACCGUUCUUGCCCCGAAUCUCCGUCAUCUUCGCUUGGGCGGAUGCUCUGUUCGCUUUCCGAAAUCCAACUCUUUAGUCUCCAUAUCCAUCUCGAAGAGUUCACAGAGAGGCUAUGAGACGAGCAGGUGGAUGUCGUGGGAGCAACUAGUGGAGCUCCUUACAUGCUGUGUUACCAGCCUACAAUACCUUGAACUAGGAGACGCCGUCAUUGGGCUACCGUGGCCAUCCAACAACAACGCGCCCUAUCCUGAAGCGCCGAUUAUCGAACUUCCUGCCCUCAGGAUGGUCAAAGUGCAGGAAACGGCACCUUUCAUCGGACAGUUCUUAUCGUAUCUGCGAUACCCCCAAACCACUUCGACGUGUCUGACGAUCCUGGGCCCGCAACUCGAGUUCCAUAUGGGUCCGGCCAUACGUGCCAUACUCGCCAAACACCCAAACUGCCGUGUCGCUGGCAUGCACGUGCGAAGGAUCGCUGAGGGCCCAGAAAUUCUCGAUCUUUAUAAUUUGUUGUCAGAUGCCUCGGCCGACAGCGUGCAUCCCGAUACCUCGCCUAUCUUGACUGUGUCGCUCAAGACGAAUGUCCUGAUGGAUAUGAUAGGAGGGUGGUCUCCUGUGGAUGACGUUAAGCAAGAGCUUGUGGCGGCUGGGGUGACAGUACGGGCGCUCAAGGCCGGGAUCAAGCCAGAUCCUAAUGGGCCUUGA